UGUGUAAAUUUUUAAAUCUUUAAUUACUUUGAUACAGAUAAUUUAAUUAAUAAGUACUGCUAAGUAUAAAGUAUCUAUUUAUUCAAUUUUUUUCAAUAUCAAUGGCUGUUACACUAGGAGUAGAUUGGUCAUCGGAUAGUGAAGAUAGCCUUUUCGGUGACGAUGGAGAUUAUGAUAAUUUUAAGCAUAAAACCAAAUAUGUAGCUCCCGCUCCAAAAGAAUUAACUCCACAAGAAAAGCAAACGCAAGAACUGACAAAUAUUUUCAAUGCAAUUGCCAAAGGCUCAAUCAAACCUAUUGAAGAUGCUCUUGCAAAUGGUUUUGAUAUAAACACAAAUUUAAGAGAUAACUGGACAUCUAUAUUGCUGGCCGCAAGCUAUGGCAAUCCGGAAAUGAUCAAAUUUCUUAUAGAGGCUGGAGCCGAUGUAAAUCAAGAUAGAGGAGCUGAAACUCCAUUAAUGAUGGUAUGCAGUUGUCCCGAUUAUACAUCGCCUUUUGAAAAAUCAUUUGAAGUUAUUAAAAUGUUAGUAGAAAAAGGGGCUGAUGUUAGAGCCAUUAAUCGAAAAAGGAUGGAUGCUUUGAUGUAUGCAGCAUGUACUGGAAAUCUACUUGCUGUAGAAUAUCUUUUACCUAUAGCUGAUAAACGUGCUAUAGAUAACCAACGAUGGAGUGCCUUAACUUGGGCUGUGAGCAACAAUAAACCAGACAUAGUGAAUAUUUUAUGGCAAAACGGUUUCGACAUAAAUUCACCUGACAUUAGAGGCUUUACUGCUUUAGACUUAGCCAAGGAGAAUGGCUUAGAUGAAAUAGUUAAAAUAUUUCCUAAAAAGGAUACAGAUAGAGUAGUCGAAAUAUUGCAUAAUAUUCACAUUAAUUUUGAGCAGAAUUUUCUUUCUAGUGACCAAAAACCAUUAUUUCUUGAAGACGUUUGCGACUUUUUAAUUUCAAUCAAAUGCCAAAACCUCGUGCCAUUAUUUUACGAUAAAAAAGUAGCUUUAAAUGAAUUUUUGGCUAUGAACGACACUGAUUUAAAAAGCCUCGGAGUGCAUUUGCCCUAUCAAAGAAACAGGAUUUUGGCGGGCUUGCAUAGAUUCCAUAAACAACCGUACGAUCCACAAUCGUUGCACAUUUGCAUUAACAAUGAUAGAUUUACGAAUGUGGAUGUCGCUAUUGAACUUUUGUCGGCUAUUAAGCAAAUUGUAGCGAUGGAGGGUUGCUUGAAGUAUUUAAUGAAGCAUUUAGAUGAGGCGGAAGUUUCUUUGGAAGAUAGGGAAAUGGCGAGAGGUAUUAAGUUGAAAGUGCAAAAACUGAUGGCUGUGAAUAGGAAGUUGGAGAAGAAAUUAGAAAGAUGGGAUGCGGAUCUUUCUCCUGCAGAUCUGAUAACAAAAAAAUCAGUUGGAAGAAAAUUUCCUUGGAAAAAGAUCAGUAUUUGUUUUGGAGUUGUUAGCUUAGUUUUAUUUUGUAAGCUUAAUAAGUAUUAGUUUGGAAUAAAUUUUGUAUUUUGUUCUGA